AUGUGUCACAACCCCAAUGGAAUUCCUCCAACCGAGGAUUCGUUUUCAUCAUUACUUGUACCUGGUGCAAAUUUUAGCGAGAUGUGUCACAACCCUAAUACAAUUCCUCCAACCGAGGAUUGGCUUUCAGCAUUACUUGUACCUGGUGCAAAUUUUAGCGAGAUGUGUCACAACCCCAAUACAAUUCCUCUAACCGAGGGUUCGUUUUCAUCAUUACUUGUACCUGGUGCAAAUUUUAGCGAGAUGUGUCACAACCCUAAUACAAUUUCUCCAACCGAGGAUGUGUUUUCAUCCACUGAAGACAUGCAUGACACUUCAGAAAUGGUGAUCUCGGAUGAAUUAAAAUUAGCACAGCAAAGUUUGCUACCAAUUUAUCAUACUCCAAUACCAUUGUCAACUGAGUCUUCCAUACCAACUUUUCCUCAUGAUAUUAACGGUGAAGGAAAAAAUGAAAAAAUUGGUACAAUUGUGAAAGAAUAUAAUCAAUCAGAAACUCUUAAUAUUCAACGAUGCAAGGAUUCGUCCAAUUCAAUAACAUUAUCAACAACGCAACCAGUGGAACCAUUACAUUUUCAACAAAUUCCAGAAAUAAGAAGAUCAGUUCAAGUUCAACCAAAUGCUGAAAUGGAGGAACACUUGAAUCCCAGAGCAUCAAAUGAUGAUAUAGUAUCUGCUACUCGUUCAUCGGAUUCGAAUCUCAUCGUGAUAUUAGAUCAACCUAGAUCUGAAUAUCAUCCAAGAACACAAAAAGAAAGCGAAAACACUGCACAUUUUAUAGGUUCUAAUGGAAAAUAUUUGUAUCCAGCUAUUAAGGUUGAUCGUAUAUGGCAGAAAAAGGGACGUAUCUACAUCAAAGUUCAACUAAUUGAUACAACUGGUCAGCCACAUCUCUAUCCGAUUAAAGGGAAACUUCCAUCGCGUAAAAAAGUCAAUAAGGAAGGACUUAUUGUGUGUUCACCCAUAGGAAUUGAUGAAAAUGAUCAUGCAAUUAUUAAUAACGAAAAAGAGAAUGCUGUUUAUUUUCUGGUAACAAAAACAGAUUAUGAUAAUAAAUUUAAAACGUUUUUAAUCGAAAUAACGAAACCAUUGCAAGAUGGCAUAAUAAUCACUAAAGAUAUUAUUCAUAACAGACACUUGAACAUAUCACAUAUAUCUUUUACACAAUGUUAUAUUGACGAAAAAUCUAAUAUAAUCUGUGCUCCAGAAACAACCCAAAUCAGUAAUGCUUUGGUUGAAGCUUACGGAAAAGUAGGUGUAGAAGAAUAUGCACCUCAUUAUGGUCCAUGCCAAGGUGGAGAAACUGUUAUUUUGAUUUUAAAAGGCACAAUGAAGACAGAAAAUUUAUCAAUAUCAAUAACUGAUGGAAAAGAUUGGAAUGAAAAAAUUGAAUUCAAACGAAAAGGCACAAGUGUUAGUUUGAUUAUACCGGAAUAUCGUACUUCUGCAAGAGCGUAUAUUUAUGUUUGCUAUGAUGAUGAUGAAAUAGCAAGAUUACAAUAUAACUAUUGUAAAGCACUCAAUGUUUUACUGGCACAAUUAAAUUUGGAUUCGUCUACCAGAAAUGAAGCCUUAGUAAACGCAGUAUGCGCUGGCAAGAGGUCACAUGUUGCAAUUCCACUUACUGUAAAUCAACUACCCUUUGUUCCAUCUACAGGCAUAAAGAGACAACACUCAACGAAUGAUUAUUUCGAGUGA